AUGUACAUCAAUAAAAUGUUGAGGGACUUCCUUGGGGUGCUCAAGUGUGGUUGCACCGACGAAGAAUUUGUGCUGGACUUUGAAGAUGAGGCAGGAGUGAAAAAGAGGAGAAACUGGCACAGGCAUGACUACACAGAAGUUGAUGAUGGUUCCAAACCAGUGCAAGCUGGAACUAGGACUUUUGUUAAGGAAUUAAGAUCUCGAGUCUUCCCAAGUGCCGAUGAAAUCAUUGUAAAGAUGCAUGGCAACCAGCUGACACAAAGAUACCUGGAAAAACAUGGAUUUGAUGUCCCUAUUAUGGUCUCUAAAUUAGAUGAUCUAGGACUCAGGCUCCCUCCACCUGCUUUUUCUGUGAUGGAUGUGGAACGUUAUGUAGGUGGUGACAAAGUGAUAGAUGUCAUUGAUGUGGCAAGGCAGGCAGACAGCAAAAUGACACUUCACAAUUAUGUUAAAUAUUUCAUGAAUCCUAACAGACCAAAAGUGUUAAAUGUGAUCAGCCUUGAAUUUUCAGAUACAAAGAUGUCUGAAUUGGUGGAGGUCCCUGAUAUAGCCAGAAAACUUUCCUGGGUGGAAAAUUAUUGGCCAGAUGAUUCAGUCUUUCCCAAGCCAUUUGUUCAGAAAUACUGUUUAAUGGGAGUUCAAGACAGCUAUACAGAUUUCCACAUUGACUUCGGUGGAACUUCAGUCUGGUACCAUGUCCUCUGGGGUGAGAAGAUUUUUUAUUUGAUAAAGCCAACAAAUGAAAAUUUGGCACUCUAUGAAUCUUGGAGUUCAUCUGUGACCCAGAGUGAAGUGUUCUUUGGAGAUAAAGUGGAUAAAUGCUAUAAAUGUGUGGUAAAGCAGGGGCAUACCUUAUUUGUUCCCACAGGGUGGAUUCAUGCUGUGCUCACUUCUCAGGACUGUAUGGCUUUUGGGGGGAACUUUCUGCACAACCUUAACAUUGGCAUGCAGCUCAGGUGUUAUGAGAUGGAGAAAAGACUAAAAACACCAGAUCUUUUCAAAUUCCCUUUCUUUGAAGCCAUAUGUUGGUUUGUAGCCAAAAAUUUGCUGGAAACCCUGAAAGAACUGAGAGAAGAUGGUUUCCAGCCUCAGACUUAUCUAGUACAGGGAGUGAAAGCACUGCAUACUGCUUUAAAAUUAUGGAUGAAAAAAGAUCUUGUAUCUGAACAUGCCUUUGAAAUUCCAGACAAUGUGAGACCUGGACAUCUUAUUAAGGAACUUUCUAAAGUAAUUCGAGCAAUAGAGGAAGAAAAUGGCAAACCAGUUAAAUCUCAGGGAAUUCCUACUGUGUGUCCAGUUUCACGAUCCUCAAAUGAAGCAACUUCCCCAUACCAUUCCCGACGAAAGAUGAGGAAACUUCGAGAUCAUAAUAAUAUUCGAACUCCUUCUAACCUAGACAUCUUAGAGCUCCAUACAAGGGAAGUUCUUAAAAGAUUAGAGAUGUGUCCAUGGGAAGAGGACAUCUUGAGCUCUAAACUGAAUGGAAAAUUCAACAAACAUCUCCAACCAUCUUCCACGGUAACUGAAUGGAGAGCAAAAGAUAAUGAUCUACGACUACUGCUGACAAAUGGAAGAAUAAUUAAAGAUGAGAGACAGCCCUUUGCAGAUCAGAGUCUUUACACAGCAGAUAGUGAAAAUGAAGAGGAUAAGAGAAGGACAAAGAAGACCAUUAUGAAGACAGAAGAGAGUUCAAGAAUAGACAGGACAGAAAGUGAAGAAUCUCGAAAACCACUUAACAGGUUUUUUACAAGUGUGAAAUCAGAACUCAGGAAUAGAUCAUCAGAAUAUUCUGAUAUUUCUGAUUCAGAAGACUCUGGAGCUGAUUGCACUGCACUGAAAAUUAAUUUUACCACUGAGGAGUCCGAAAGUUCAGGCGAUGAAAAGAAACAAGAAAUAACAUCAAAUUUUGAGGAAUCUAAUGGGAUGAGGAACUUCCUACAAAAGAGUCAGAAGCCAUCUAGAAGUGAAAUUCCAAUUAAAAGGGAAUGUCCUACCUCGACAAGCACAGAGGAAGAAGCUAUUCAGGGCAUGCUGUCUAUGGCAGGGUUGCGCUAUUCCACGUGUUUACAAAGGCAGAUGCAAAGCACAGACUGCGGUGGUGAGAAGAACUCUCUYCAGGAUCCUAACAGCUGCCACAGCAGUAACCAUGAAGUUAGGCAGUUGUAUCGCUAUGAUAAACCAGUAGAAUAUGGAUACCAUGUCAAGACUGAAGAUCAAGACUUGAGGACUUCUUCCUGGGUUAAACAAUUUGAUAGAACUUCCAGAUUUAAUCCUCAGGACCUAAGCAGAAGCCAGAAAUGCAACAAAAAGGAAGGUUCAUCAGAAACCAGUCAGAAGGUGCAAAGUAGGAAUUAUAUGGAGAGCAGUGGCUCAGGUCUUCAGAAUGGAAAGUACAUGCAGAAUUCCAGCUUGCUUUCAGGGGCAUGCCAGAUGAGUAACGGCAGCCUAAGCCCAGAAAGGCCAGUUGGUGAAACUUCCUUUUCAGUGCCCCUUCACCCCACCAAGAGACCUGCAUCAAAUCCACCACCUAUCAGCAACCAGGCAACAAAAGGUAAACGUCCUAAAAAAGGAAUGGCAACAGCCAAACAACGUCUUGGAAAGAUCCUUAAGUUGAACAGAAAUGGCCAUGCACGUUUCUUUGUGUGACAGAGCCACUGUUGCAGCCACUCUUCACUUUGGAGACCAGUCUUGGGGUUCAGAAGCCUGGAGCUUCCAUCACCCCCUGCCUGGAACAUUUGCGUGUACAGUAAGAACACUGCCCGAAGAACAGAAUGAACCUGAUGCUGCAUUUUCACUGUGCCACACCCACUCAGCAAUAACCCUUUGGACCUGGUGGGGGAGAGGAAGAAGGAGGGUAGAACCUUAAAAAGAGACCUCGAACUGGAAAGGGUCUCUUGUCAGGGCUUGAAUUUCAUUUUGUUGUUGGUAGUGUCUUGAUUUAUUUUCAGUAGUAGGGUAAAGAAUUAUCAAUAAUUUAUUUAACAGAUUUUUUUAAAGUUAACAGCUUUUAAAUUCUUUCUUUUUUAAAGCUAUUUAUUUGGAAGAUUUCUGGAGAAAUAUCUCACUAAUUUAGAUUUAAGAAUGUGAAGGUUUUUAAAUUAUUUUUGAUAGUGUGUGUGUUACAUGUGGGAAAGAGCCACAGUAACAGUAACUAGUCUGGACUCUUAAAUUUGAUAUUCAGGUUAAAGUCUUAAACAGGGAUUUGAUGCAUUAAUUAUUUUAAAUUAAGAUGUAUAUGAAAAUCAUUUUAUUUUAUAUAUUUCAUGUGUUUUUUAUAAGCUAUUAGCUUCGCUUUUGCUAACAUUCAAGGUGCAUACUGUUAUCCAGGUUGAUUCCCUUAUACCCCACCUUCCCUCUGCACCCCCCUGUCAUUUUGUGAUGACUCUUCAAGACUCUUCUCUUUGCAGGGAAAUACUUCCAUAGCCAAUGUGUAAGAACUUCAUAAAAGAUCCCUCAUUUCU